AUGUCGUCCAAAAUUUGGGUUUGGAGGAAAGUUCCCGGUAUCAUCGGCCGAUGUAAUGAUAUAAUUUAUUCUUGCCCAAUAUUACCAUCAAGUCAGGAUGUCCUUUUAUAUUUUGGAGGUGAUGUUCAGGACAUUCAAGAAAACAUGGAACAACAUGCAGAUAGUAAAAAAUAUAUAGAAUGGAGUUUACAAAAUACUGCCCAGAUACUUUCAAUAAACUUUCCCAAAAAACAUAUACUUGUUAUUCGGCCAUCCAGGAUAUAUGUAACAAGGAAUGCUAUGUUUAGUUGUUUUGAUAAUUUUGUUCCAUCUAAUGAAUAUGGUGUACCAUUGUUUGCCCCAACACAUGAUGCUUUAAAACAUAUACAAGAAUUAGUUAAAUCAUCUUUAGAUCACAUUAAAACAUGCUAUGCAGAUGAGGAUCCUACUCAUUUUAGUAUUGAAAAAACAAAACUAACAUUAAUGGGUUUUAGUAAAGGUUGUGUUGUCUUGAAUCAAUUACUUCAUGAGUUUCAUUAUUAUCAAAAUAAACCAAAAUCUGAUAUUGGAAUAAAUAAUUUUAUAAAACUUAUUGAAAGUAUGUGGUGGUUAGAUGGUGGACAUGCAGGUUCUAAGAAUACAUGGAUUACUGAAACAUCCAUACUGGAGUCUUUUGCAAAAUUAAAAAUAGAUGUUCAUGUUCAUGUUACACCAUAUCAAGUUCAAGACACGUAUCGUCCAUGGAUUUGUCAAGAAGAAAUUCAAUUUUGUAAUAUUUUACAAAGCAUGGAAAUUCCUGUAAAAAGAACUUUACAUUUUUCAGAUAAGCCAAGAAGCUUAAAAAAUCAUUUUAAUGUUCUUAAAGCUAUCAGAAAUUAUGCACAAUAA